AUGUUCAUAGCAACUCGUCAAGUAAAUCGUCCAUCUCGAAAUUAUACAUAUGUGUAUUUUAAUGAUGUUGCAACUGGUACAAGUGUUCAUACAGUUGAUUGUGGUUGGGAUCCUCAUGUGAUGUACAGUGGAAAUACAAUUACAUUUUAUAUUCCAUCUCCACCUUGGAUUCCAGGACAUACAUAUUAUGUUACUUUUGAUAGUGGUGUGGCUAGUGGUACUGACUUCUGUAAACCUGAGUCAUCACCAAUCACUGAUUCUAACUUUUGGAGAUUCGAUAUUUGGAAUCCAGCUGUUUCAUCAACUACAACAACAACUACAACUCCACCAACUACUGGUACAGUAACAACAAGACCUAUAUCAACCACUACUGCUAAUACUUUAUUAACAACUACUGGUAUUGCACUGACAACUACAACAACAGUCACAACAACCACAGUCACAACUACCACUACAACUUCUGAAACAACAACUACAACAACGACAACCACAGUCACUAAUCUUAGUACCGAUCCAACAGUGAAUGUCAUGUAUCCAAAAGAUUUCGAACAAGCAUGCGCAUCGUCAUUGGCGCUUAUGACUGCUGUAACAAUGUUGGCCAUAGGUCCUGUACAUGCAUUACUGGUAUAUGUUUCUUUUCUGAAAUUUUCCGCCUCGUUUAAUCCUAAUAUAAAUGAAGCAAAACAACGUCAUCAACUACGAGCAAAAAACUUUUGA